UUUUUAUAACGGGUCACAAAUCGGAUCCUCCUUCAAACCAAAUGCCUAUGAGCAGACACUACCCCUGUUUCACUCUCAGCCAUCGCCAAAUGCCAAUGUUUUCUCAGCUCCUCCAUAGCUCUGCAACUGUAACACUUUCUUCACUACAUGCUCAAUGCUUCAGAAGCUUGACUCCCUCAAUCUUCAACUGCCCAAAAACACAAACCCUCCAUCUCCAGCCCCGCCGACCCACAGUUAUACGCGCAGAGAAGAGCAGUAGCGCUGAAGGUUUACAACAAAACUGGAAACAGUUACUGGAAAAAUGGUCACCCAAAAACUUUCUUGGAGCUGAGAAAGUGCUUAGACUCAUAUCUGGAGCAACCUCCAGUCCCAUUGCUCAGUACAUCCCUUCCCCUACCACUUUCUUGCACUCUACUGACCCCAGGAUCAAAUUGGCAUGGCUACUUACUCUAGUUAUUUUACCAGCAAGGUCGAAUAUUGUUCUGCGUCUUGGUUUGGUUGUCUACUUGACUGUAUUAUCUAUAUGGAUCCAGCCUGAGGAAGUGUGGAAGGAUCAACUAGGAAGAGUAUCACUGCUCUCUGGGAUCUUGUUUAUAAUGUUGGCCCUAAGCACUGACUCUGCACCUUCCCUUGUCUAUUCAAGAGCACCUCCACCUUCAAUGAUCGGACUACCUAAUUUUCCAGCUUCUUUGGAAGGUUAUUCAUAUGUAGUUUUUAAAAUGGGACCAUUACAAAUUACCAGAAAGGGCUUGUUAACAGGAAGCACAUCAGCCUGUUUAACCUUCACAAUCUUUCAAAGUGCUAGUCUUUACCUGUCAACAACAACUCCAGAACAGAUAGCAUUUGCAUUGCAGUGGUUUUUACGUCCUUUGGAUAAACUUGGUCUUCCUGUGCCAGAGGUCAUCCUUACGCUCCUGCUCUCCUUGAGAUUUAUAAAUCUUGUUUUUGAUGAGGUUCGUAAUGUUGCUCUUGGGAUUGUAUCCCGAAGGAUAAAUUGGGAGCAGUUAACUACCUUGGAGACUGUUGAUGUUUUCGUGACAUACAUUCGUCGGAUCUUCAAAAAUAUUUUUGCCCAUGCAGAACAGAUAUCUCAGGCAAUGAUUGUGAGAGGCUUUCGAGGAGACAGCAAAGAACACAAAAUCUUCUUGUCAGCAAAUUCAUCUAUUACACUUGUAAAUUGUAUUUCCUUAUCAUUACUUGUUGGUCUGAUUGCUGCAAUCAACUUACCCAAACAGCUCUUUAUUUGACACACCGUCUUUCAUCAGUUGGUUAAAAUCUAUUCGUUGAUGUA